GCAGGGAGGGAUCUGGGGGAAGAGGACUAGACAUGCCAGGGCCCAAGCCAGACGUGAGUCACAGGGCAGAGAGGGGGCGACCUCAGAGAGCAAAGGGCAAGGAGAGGCCAGGGAAGGUGCCGAGGCAGCGGGCCAGGGGACUGGUUCUGGGCCACCCUUCAGGCCGGGCCUGGCCCAUUUCCCCAAGAACCCCCUGCCUGCUGCCCCAUGGAGUUGGUGGGACUUGACUGGGGCAGCUCUGUGACUGGACAGGGCCUCACUGCCACACGCCUGGCCUGUGUUCCAGAGAAACCGGGGCUUUGCCCAGCAUUUAAAAUCAGAGACGAGGGGCCGCCCCUGACGCUGUGCCAGCAGGACAGCGACUGCCACAAGAGAGACAAGUGCUGCAGGAUGGGCUCCAGCUACGUCUGUGCACCGCCCUCCCCCACGGCAGAGGAACCCGGCGCUGGCCCAGCCACCCCCGAGGGGCAUGGUGGGCAGAGAUGCCGCAGUGACUGGGACUGCCCGGGAGCAGAGAGAUGCUGCAGCCAUUGGUGUCGUGCAGAGUGCCCCGCGCAGGGUGAAGGGACCCCCACAUCUGGCCCAGGUGCCUCCGAGGGGCAUACUGGGCAGAGAUGCCACAGUGACCAGGACUGCCCAGCAGCAGAGAGGUGCUGCAGCCAUCGGUGCCGCCAGGUGUGCCCAGUGCAGAGCGAAGAGGAACCUGGCGCUGGCCCAGCUGCCCCCAAGGGGCACGCUGGGCAGAGAUGCCGCAGUGAUUGGGACUGCCCAGGACCAGAGAGGUGCUGCAGCCAUUGGUGUCGCGUAGAGUGCCCCGCGCAGGGCGAAGAGAGACCCGGCAUCUGCCCGACCCUGCAGAGACCUGGCCUCUGUGUGGAGAAGUGCAGCAGGGAUGCGCAGUGCCCCGGGGGGCAGAAAUGCUGCAGCACCGGGUGUGGUCACGUCUGCAUGGGAGUCAUCGCUGAAGUGAGGCCUGGAGUCUGCCCGGUGUUACCAGGAGGAGCCGUCGGUGCCUGUGAUGAGAGAUGCCGUUCCGACAGCGACUGUCCACGCGCCCAGAAGUGCUGCAGCAAUGGCUGUGGCCUGGCCUGCAUGGCCAUGAAGCUUGUCGAGAAACCGGGGCUUUGCCCAGCAUUUAAAAUCAGAGACGAGGGGCCGCCCCUGACGCUGUGCCAGCAGGACAGCGACUGCCACAAGAGAGACAAGUGCUGCAGGAUGGGCUCCAGCUACGUCUGUGCACCGCCCUCCCCCACGGCAGGUGAGACGGCACGUGCCCAUGUGGGCUGCUCCAGGGGCACUCGCUGCCCAUCCCAUCACUCCCUCCCAGGGGCUGAAGGCUCGAGGGCCAGUUUCCUGGUGCAGGGGCUGGGAUUCUCUGGAGCCCGUGAUCUUUAUGUGGGGGAUACCCAGAGUUAUUGGCUGGAGCAGGGCACAGGGAGGAGGAGCAGUGAGGGACUUGAGGGAGAGGCAGUGAGCAGAGAGCUCUGACGGCAUAUGGGGCAGGUGGGGUGCCCAUGACAGGGGCUGAGGACAGAGACAACCGGGCCUUUUCCUCCUAAGAUACCGUCCUGGGAACGAAAAGGUCUCAGUGCAGUGGGUGGGGAAAGGCUGGAACUCAAGGGCUGAGGCUGGAUUGAGAAAAGAGCAGGGUCUUUUGUCAGUCCCAUUCCCUGCCAUCCCCCUGAUACAAGCUGGAGCGUUAGGGCUUGUCUGAAUGGGGCGUCACUGCCCUGUGACCGCUCUGUGUUGCAGAGGAACCCGGCGCUGGCCCAGCCGCCCCCAAGGGGCACGGUGGGCAGAGAUGUCGCAGUGACCAGGACUGCCCGAGAGCAGAGA